CGCACGAGGAAUGGCUACACGGAAGCCAUGUUUGUUUAUGUGCAGCGGAGCUCAAACAGCCAUCGCACUACUACAUCUCUCGCUCUGCGUGUCGCUGGCAACUUGCAACAUGGCUCAAUUUAAGACAGAGUUACCCACGAAAGACACUUGCAUGAAAGGCAGAGCUGAGAAAUUGGUCGUGGCAGCAAAGCAUGCAUCCAAUGGCAAUCCCACCGUGGAGCCUUUCCCAGAGGGCAUGGAGAUGAUCAUGUUUGGCAUGGGCUGUUUCUGGGGCGCCGAGAAACGCUUCUGGAACACCAAAGGGGUCUUCUCCACACAGGUGGGCUACGCCGGUGGACUCACGCCUAACCCCCACUACGAGGAGGUCUGCUCAGGCUUGACGGGCCAUACCGAGGUGGUGAGGGUGGUCUUCAAGCCCCAGGACAUCUCCCUGCAGAAGCUCCUGAAGGUCUUCUGGGAGAGCCACAACCCCACUCAAGGUAUGAUGCAGGGUAAUGACCGUGGUACGCAGUAUCGCUCGGCCAUCUACACCUCCAACUCCUCUCAACAGGAGGCGGCCGUCAAGUCCAUGCAGGAAUACCAGCAGGCUUUGUCGAAGAAGGGCCAUGGUCAGAUCACCACAGAGAUCCGUGAGCUCACUGAGUUCUUCUACGCGGAGGACUACCAUCAGCAGUACCUCCACAAGGUGCCUAAAGGCUACUGCGGCCUCAAGGGCACCGGCGUCAGCUGCCCACUAGGGGGCGGCGAUAAGGAUGAGCUCUGAGGAGACACACAGAGACCAGAAGAAGCCAAGGGCCUGCUAUCAAGGCAACUUCAAGAAUUCCGAAACGGGCUAGAAUUGUCUGGAGUGUGGACUAGGGAUGCAAAUUAUCAAUAAUUCAUUAAUCAUUAGUUUAUUGCCAUAUCAAUCGAGUUACCAUUAAUUGAUAAGCAACGUUUUUCCCCCAAAAUCUCAAUGUUUCUCGAAAAAAAACUACUUUAUUUAAAAUGUUUAAUUAAAAAGUGAGAUAAAAUGCUAAAUUUCAAUGAAUUCUAUUUUAAUUAUUUAAUCCAAAGGUGAUUUAAACAGUCCCACUAUUCACACCCCUCUUCACACACACUCUUCACAUGCCCAUUUCACCUGGUUCUCUUGUCAGUUGAAUUGGCGAUUAAUUGCGAUUCAUGUUUUUUAAUCGGUUAAGGUAUCAAUCGAUUACAGUCAAUUUAUCGAUUGAUGGUUUGCAUCCCUAGUCUGGACCAUUACCGUCUCUGCCAUUCACCAGAACUGGAUUGGGCCACAGUCUCUACACAGCUUCCUGCCUUGGGUUGAACUACAUAUAUGAUGCGCUUCUACCUCUGUGAAAUAUACUGUAUAUAUAUUUCAUGCUCUUAUUUUUCCAUGCCAUUUGUUUUUAUGUCAUGACUUAAAAACUAUUUUUUAUAAUUACUAUCGACUCUGACAAUAUGUAGCUCUUACGCACAUCUUAUACAGACUAUUGUGGGGUCAGCCUGGGCCCCAAGCGACAAUGGAAAAGAAUGAACAUUUUAAACAAAAUUGCCACUACUGCAGUCUGAGCUGUUAUUUGUCUAGGGACUAAGGCUGCUUACAUAUACAGAUACAUAUAGUAGUGGGUUAAAUCAAUAAAUAACCAAUUGCAAUGUAAUGCUGGAUAAUGUUGCAAUAUAAUGCUAUAGUCUAUACUGCUAUAAACAUAUGGUAAUAUCUUUUAGACUGCUCUCCAGAAAAUAGACCCAGGUUAUGUGAUGAUGACAAAGCACUAUCCUUACACUUUCCACUUGCUACCUUUGUCUUCCAUGCACAAACAGUGCAAAUGCACUAUUCUGUCUCAAUAACAAUGACAUGUCCUGCUUCAAUUCACCAUGUGAAUUCUGUGUAUGCAGGGUAUUCUGUGCAAACUAUCUCCCAAUAAAUCUACUCAUG